CUGUUUAAAAUCUCACAUUCAAAUUUUGUGAUUCAUGGUUUAAUUAUAUAUGUAAUAGUUAAUGAUUUUUAAUUAUUCAAUAUAUAUUUAUUAUUUCAGAAUAUGUAAUAACAUAUAAUAUAUAAAAUUAUUUUUAUAUAUAAUGUUCAUCCCGUCUUAACCUAGUUAUAGUAAAAAAGAGAAUCGUUACUUCAUAUGUUUCCAUCUUCUCUGAUUUGAGAUCAUUUACCUUCCCUCUCUUUUUCCUUUUUAUAAAUUAAUCCCACAACGGCAAUAAGAAUUUGGAUUACAAACUUUGGCUGGAACAGAGUUUCCCGAAUCAUAAUACUCCUAACUAGUUCAUCUCGACUAUAUUCCGGCGCAUUCUGUUAGCUCAGAUUUAAAAUCCUCAAGAACCAAAAGCCGCUCUUAGCCAUCAACGAGAACCAUAGGAAAGAGAGAUUCAGCUCGUUUUCCCGGAUGACAUGUCUUCUGUGUCGUCUCUUGAGUAGAUGGCUCCCAAUAAUCUUAUCUAAAUUUGUAAUCUAAUCCGCCUUUGAAGCUCUUACAACAAGAAGUGAGAGGAUCGAGACCGUGCAAGAAAUGGGUUGUAAUCACCGCGCUUCCUUACAUGUAGCUUCUAAACCUGCACAGGAAAGUCAAAUGCACCACCGAAAAUAGCCAAAAGAACCACUGUGAUACUGGAAUGUACACAUUGACCAAGAGCGACACCAAGAUGACAAACAGCUGCAACAGAGAUCCGCCACAGCACUUGAAACCUACCGAAAAAUAAUAAUCUGCGCUGAAGAAACCCUUUCCGGUGUCACAUAGACCGGUCAACAAAAAAAAACAGGAGCUCAUGCCCGAAAUGAAAAUAAAGCUAUAGUUAAUUAUAUAUAUACAUAUAUAUUCAUUUAUUUCUAAUCUUGGUUUUUUCUUUUCGUUUCUGUUAAUUCAUAUCAUUUUCACCUUAAUACGCUAAACUGUUUUAACCACACCGUAAAAGUGUGAAAAGUUGAUCAUAUAUAUAUAUAUAUAUAUAUUUGAUGUUAGUAGGGAAACAAUUAUAUUUAUGUUGGAUAUACAAUAAUAAUCUUGUAACUACGCUGGCAAUUCACCAUGUUGCUUUUUUUUCAAAAAAAAAAAAACUGCGCUGGCAAUUUUCUAUCAUGAAAUGCAAUUAUAUAGAGGCCGGCAUCUUUUGCAUGUGACCAUUCCAUGGCCACCAGCAGAAGAUUGGAACCAAAAGUAUUCAGAAAAUUUAAUGGUUAUGAUUAAUAAACUAAAAGGACUCACUUAUAAACCAAGCAUUUCCGAGAUGACGUUAUUUAUUAGAGUUAAACUUAUACUCAUUCAGAGAACCUAAUGAUAUGAAUAAGAACAAGUUAACAGAACAAACGGUGGUUAAUAUUCCGGUGGCAUAAUUGCAUUCUGGAUAACUAACAAAAAUAGUUGUUAAAUAUUAACUGAUUUUUUAUUUCUAGAAUUGAAGACAACCCGUCUAAUAAUCAGGAACGAGCCCACAUGUAAUUCGAUUCCUAAAAUCAUUAUUACAUAAUAUAUAGAGGUUCACAUAAUGUUUUUUCCGAGUACUUUAAAUCAAACAAAAUACGAUGAAUGCAUAUAUAGAGGUUCACAUAAUGCAUGUAGUUUAAUAAAAUAUUUUGAAAUUUAGAUUAUUCUAUAAUGAUAAAAGCUCAAGUUCUUACUAACACGCAAAUAGAAAAGUAAUAUGGAGUACACGCAAUAAGUGUGAAACAGAAGAUGCGAUGCACCAUUCUUUUCUUAGGCAGGCUGUCGUUAGUUUGUUAGUUAUUCACUUGUACAAAGUCUUCGAGAAAUGAAUCUAGGGAGACAGGGAUCGAGACAACCAUAUAACUGAUCUGUGUUUGUCUGCUUGCUAAACAUGGGACGACUUUGCAUUUAUUUCUUGAACUAUGGAAUUCAUUUAUCGUAUCAUGUUUAUAUCUAUAGAUAUUAAAUAUCAAUUUUUUUUUGACUAAUAUCAAAUUUUAUUUGCUCUUCUAAUAAAACUAUUGGUAUUUGGCGCCUGAAUGAUAUUGCGAUGGUAUUAUCAUAGUUCGUGAUAAAAAUGCUGAAUAAUAAUUUUUUAUAUAUUAGAUAUGCACCCAACAUAUUUGAGUCAACGCAAAGAAUAAAAAUAUAAAAAUCUCAUAAACUACCAUCCAAAGCCUAUUAAUCUAGUCAAGAUGUAUACCAUCUUACAUCAUUAUUCAUAAUCAUUACUACACAAAUAUAAUGGCCCCCCUUGAAGAAUUAUACCCAUCAGAGUUCUCUGAUACAGCCAAUCAUUCAUUUUACUAAAUAAUAAUUAAUUCUAAUAAUUAUUUUGAAUCUCAAACUGUACCACCACACACUCACAUAUAAGAGUAAUCUUGAUACGGAAGUACAGAUAAAGAAAGAGAGAACAAAAGAAAAUCAAGCAGAAAGAAAUAUAAGAUUUUAUAAAGUAAAAGUAGAAUAAGAGAAAUGGGAAAAGCAGUAGUAUCUGAGAAGAUGAAGCUUCUUGUAGCUUUGAUAACUUUACAAUUCUGUUUCGCAGGUUUCCACAUUGUCUCAAGAGUUGCACUUAACAUUGGUGUUAGUAAAGUGGUCUAUCCUGUUUACAGAAACAUUCUUGCUCUUCUUCUCAUUGGUCCUUUUGCUUACUUUUUGGAGAAGAAGGAAAGGCCUCCUCUCACAUUCUCAUUACUUGUUCAGUUCUUUCUCUUAGCACUAAUAGGAAUCACAGCAAAUCAAGGAUUCUACCUCUUGGGACUGACAUAUGCAUCUCCAACGUUUGCUUCAGCAAUGCAGAACUCUGUUCCUGCAAUCACUUUCAUCAUGGCUUGUACCCUAAGGAUCGAGCGCAUAAACCUUGUUCGAAGACACGGUGUAGCCAAAGUGUUAGGGACUAUAGUGAGCAUAGGUGGAGCAACAACCAUCACAUUGUACAGAGGAUUCCCACUUCUUCACAGAAGUCUUACGGCGCAAGAAACCAUUAACAAGUCUCAGAAUUGGACACUUGGAUGCUUAUACCUUAUGGGACACUGCUUGUCAUGGGCUGCUUGGAUGGUUCUUCAAGCUCCUGUCUUAAAGAAGUACCCAGCGAAGCUGACUUUAACAUCAUUCACAUGUUUCUUUGGUCUGAUUCAGUUUCUGGUCAUUGCACUGUUUGUUGAAACUGAUCCCAAUAAUUGGAUCAUUGGCUCAUGGGAAGAGCUCUUCACCAUCCUAUACGCGGGAAUAGUGGCGUCUGGUCUGGUGGUUUAUCUUCAAACAUGGUGUAUUUACAAAGGCGGUCCUGUCUUUGUAGCUGUCUUUCAACCACUCCAGACACUUCUAGUAGCUGCAAUGGCAUUUGUUGUCCUCGGUGAUCAACUGUACUCUGGAAGCAUUGUUGGCUCAGUGUUCAUAAUGUUGGGGCUGUACUUAGUCCUUUGGGGUAAAACAGAGGAGAAAAGACAGGUGAAUGAAGCGUCAAGUCAAGAAGAAGAUCAUGAGUCGUCACUCACCAAAAACCUUCUUGGAGAUGAAACUAAAGAAGCUCAUGAUUCUGAAUCUCCAGUUUAAGACAGCAUAUACAUGAAAACACAACUCAAGACAAUUUUCUAUGUAUAUACACACACAUGACAAGGAUAUAGCAAAUAAGAACUUUGCCAAACCAGAGGUCCUAUAGAAGGAUCUUGUUGGUGGUUAUUUUAUAUUUUGUUUUGUUUCCUCAGAUCAUUGCUAAGAACAAGCAUUUUGUAUCGUUUCAAUCUUACUGUUUCCAAUUGAUUUACUUUACAUUUGGAAUAUUGUACUCCCACAUAUACACAUAUUCCUAUUCUACUGCUGUGGACUGAAUCUAGAAAUAGAGUGGUGGGACAUUAAAAAAAAUUAUGUUUGACAAACAAACAUUAUGUGCGGAAGCAAAUUCAAAAGAUUGUUUCUUGAAAGAAAUACAAAACCAGGCGACUUAGCUUCAAUGGCACAUGGUUGAAACUAGGCAUGGGCGUUCGGGUAUAUGUUUUGGAACCGAACUCAAUAUCUGAGGUAUCAUAAUAUGAAACUCAAUCGAGUUAUUUGCUAGAUCCGCAACAAAUCUAAUACCCUUAUUUCAAGUCACGUUCGAGUUGGUUUUUAUGUCAUGCCUAGUUAAAAUAGAAGGUUCCAAUUUAACUAUUAAGCAAAACACAUGACGAAGACAAAAAUAUAGGACUUGAUAGGAUAAACAAGACAUUUCAACCAGGGCUUGUGGCCUGGUGGUGAUUAACUUGAGGGAAAAAAAACCCAAUACGGUACACCACCAGGGUUCGAGUCAUGGCCACUGGGGAAUUAACAUUUCGGCAUCGCCAGGGACAGAAGACCGACACGUGGCAACACGUGACUAGUCUGGACCACUUCUGUGGGGCCAGGAUACCUCUGUAUAAUUCAAAAAAAA